CUUAAUGAAGCAACAUGUUGAAUCCAGUUAAACCGUUUGAAAUUAGUUGAUAACUGUUGAAUUCUACAUAUGCCGCCAAAACUAACCAAAAAAGUGAGAAAAGUGAGAGUUUUAAAUUAUUUCAUUAGUGUCUAAGCAAGAUGACAGAAUACCAAAUAAACGGAAUUAUGGUGAAAUUUCCAUUUGAGCCCUAUGAUAUUCAAAAGGAUUACAUGAGCAAGGUGAUAGAUUGUUUAAGAAAUCAGCGGCAUGGAGUUCUGGAAUCACCUACAGGGACAGGCAAAACACUCUCCUUAUUGUGUUCCUCUUUGGCAUGGUUGGAAACAAAAAUUAAAGAAACCAACAAUCUCAAUUUCUUUCCAGAUAUGAAAAACUUGGAUGAAGAUUGUCUCAAUGAGGUGAAUCAGUAUUUUAACAAGAAUCAGGCACCUAGCCGAGGGGUGCUAGGGACACCCCAGAUAAUAUACUCCUCAAGAACCCAUGCACAGUUGUCUCAAGCAAUGCAGGAAUUAAAAAGAUCAGACUACAGUCAUUUAAAGGCAUCAGUCAUAGGAUCUAGAGAGCAAAUGUGUAUUCAUCCUGAAAUAAUAAAGGAAGAAAGCAAUAGUGUUAAAAUUAAUAUGUGCCGUAUGAAAGUGAAAUCACAUUCAUGUCAUUUUUAUAAUCGUGUGGAAAGGCAGAAAGUCAAUCCACAAGUGACUGAGCCUAGUAUAGUGGACAUUGAAGAUAUAGUAAAACUGGGAAGUCAGCACAAGUUCUGUCCAUAUUACAUGUCAAAGGAACUGCAACAAAAGGCAAAUAUAAUAUUCAUGCCCUAUAACUAUUUAUUGGAUGCAAGAGUGAGAAAAUCAAUUGGUGUUGAGUUAACUAAUAAUAUUGUUAUAUUGGAUGAAGCUCACAACAUUGAAAGAAUAUGUGAAGAUUCAGCUUCUUUGCAAAUUAAAUCUACUGAUAUAGUAUUGAGUAUUGAAGGUGUAACUGAAGCAAUGAAGGUGUUGUCUUCUGAAGCAGGGGAUAUGGGUAUGUCAUAUAAUGAUACUCCACCAGAUUUUAGCCCAGAUGAAUUGUGUAUAUUGAAGCAAAUAUUUCUGGACUUUGAGCAAGUCUUAGAUAAUAUUGAAAUUAAAAAUCAUUCAGAGGGUGCCACCUUUGAAGGUAAAUACAUAUUCAAAAUGAUGGCUGAUAGUGGUGUUACCAAUGAAAAUUGUGGCACAGUGAUAAAUUUAGUAGAUAAACUGAACCAAUUUAUGACAACUGCAGGUGAAGGCGUUUUCCAGAAGUGGACGCAUGGUUUAAGUCUAUUUGAGGAUCUGUUACGCAUCGUUUUUAUAAAUGUUGAACCUAAUUACAAACAGAAAUUGGAAAGAUGUUACAAAGUCCACGUUAUGAUGGAAGAAGGCGAGAAGCAAAAGCAAAGUUCUAAUUGGUUAUCAAAAGCGUCAAACAAAGUGAAACCUGCUUGUCGUGUUCUCAGCUUUUGGUGUUUCAGUCCAGGUUUUGGAAUGAAUAUUUUGAUGGGUCAAGGUGUGAAAUCUGUGAUACUGACCAGUGGGACUUUAGCUCCACUACCACCUUUAAUUACUGAAUUGGAGUUGAAUGUAGGCUUUCAAUUAGAGAAUCCUCACAUUGUUAAAGGCGAUCAAAUUUGUGUGAAGAUAUUGAGCAAAGGCCCCGACGGACAGAUACUCAACUGUAAUUACCAAAACCGGGACAACCCCAAAUAUAUCACCUCGCUGGGACGAACAGUGAGUAAUCUGAUUCGAGUUAUUCCACAUGGAAUGUUAGUUUUCUUUCCGUCAUAUGUGAUGUUGAGGAAGUGCAAGGAUUCCUGGCAAGAGUCCGGUCUCUGGGCUUCAAUGAAUGAGAGAAAGAAUAUUUUUGUGGAACCCAAGGAGAAAAAUGCAUUCCAGGAGGCGAUGCAAAACUUUUACAAGAGCGUGCAUGAUCCUAACUUGCAGGGCGCAAUUUUUAUGGGCGUCUGUAGAGGUAAAGUAUCUGAGGGUCUCGACUUUGCCGAUGCCAAUGGCAGAGCCGUGUUGAUCACAGGCCUGCCGUUUCCUCCCCUAAAGGACCCACGGAUUGUUCUGAAAAAACAAUAUUUAGAUAAUUGCAAACUGAAAAAUCGCGAGUAUUUGAAUGGGAAUGAAUGGUAUAAUUUGGAGGCCGCUAAAGCUGUGAAUCAAGCCAUCGGAAGGGUUAUCCGACACAGGCAUGACUAUGGUGCUAUAAUUCUGUUGGAUACCCGCUUUAACAAUUCAAACGUUUUAAAUCACAUGUCCAUGUGGCUAAGAAAAUACGCAAAGAAUGUCAGUUACGUUGAUUUAAUGAAAGAUUUGAAAGUGUUCUUCGAAGGAGCAGCGGUAAAGUUUCCGAUAGGUGCUGUAAAACCGCCUAUCAAGAAAGAGUGCAAUCCCGUGAUAGGUUGCAAGUCGGCGAACUUCAAUAUUGUUCCAUCGUACAAGAAAAAUACAGGUCCUAAUUUCUUCGGAAAUUCUACUGCGAAAUGCAGCAAUUCUUGCAGUUCAUCUAGCGAAAUAGAAGAGUCCACAUUUCAAGUAAAACGCAGAAAAAUCACGCUAAUCCCCAACAAGCCAAUACAAGAUGAUACAGAGAACAAAUCUAUCACGAAGCAAGAUGUUAAAGAUUAUUUGAUCAUGGUUAAAAAGAAUUUGAAUGUAAAAGAGUACGAUUCCUUCGUCUCGGCCAUCAAAAAAUAUAGGGGCGACUCCGAGAUUCAAAGUCUUUUCCAAACGUUAGAUAGCAUUUUCAUGUCAAGAUCAAGUAGCUGGCAUCUUAUGCUCGGACUUCGGGCGUAUAUCAGGGAACAGCACAAACAAUCGCUCGAAGAGUAUAUUCUCAAGUGGAAAUAAAAGCAAU